UUUAUAUAUAUAAAAUAAAAUUCGCUAAAACAAAACCUCGGAUUUCCAUUUUCAUUUCAUUUUCUCGAGAAAAUUCCCCGUUUUCCUGGAAAUAUUAUUCAGAUGAGAGCCGUUAAUGGAGAUUCAAGACCUUCCAGCAACGCUUUCGACACCAUAAACGCUGCGGCCUCCGCGAUCGCUUCCGCGGAGAAUCGUGCUCCUCAAGACAUGGUUCAGAAGAGAAGAUGGGGAAGCUGUUGGAAUGUAUACUGGUGUUUUGGAUAUCAUGGACACAGAAAGAGAAUUGGGCAUGCAGCCCUUGUUCCUGAAACGUCUGUCCCUGGAAAUGAUACUUCUGUGGCCGAAAAUCCAACCCAAGAACCUUCCAUAACGAUUCCCUUUGUUGCCCCUCCCUCAUCUCCUGCAUCUUUCCUUCAAUCGGAAUUUCCUUCUGCUUCACAGUCACCAGUCGGUGUACUGUCACUCACCUCUGUAUCCGCCAAUAUUUAUUCUCCCAGUGGGCCUGCCUCCAUUUUUGCUAUUGGCCCUUAUGCCUAUGAAACCCAGUUAGUGUCACCACCUGUAUUCUCAACUUUCACCACUGAACCAUCAACUGCUCCUUUCACUCCUCCUCCUGAGUCUGUACACUUGACUACACCAUCCUCACCUGAGGUACCUUUUGCUCAGCUACUUCACCCCAGUGUGAGGAAUGGUGAGGCUGGUCUGCAAUUCCCAUUAUCAAACUAUGAAAUUCAACCUUACCAAUUUUAUCCUGGAAGCCCCGUUGGCCAGUUGAUUUCACCUAGAUCAGUCAUAUCUGGAUCUGGCACAUCAUCUCCUUUCCCCGAUGGUGAAUUUGCUGCUGCUGGCUCUCACUUUCUUGAGUUCCGAAUGGCCGACCCUCCAAAACUCUUGAACCUUGAUAACUUCUCCACUCAUGAAUGGGGAUCAUGUGAAGGUUCAGGAACUUUGACCCCAGAUGCUGCAACGCCUACAUCUUGCAGCUUUCCUCCGGAUCAUCAUUUAUCUGAUGUUAUAUCACAAUCACAUUCCAACAAUAGAAACCAGAAUGAUGAAGUUACUGACGGCAGAGUCUCUUUUGAAUUAACUGCUCAAGAUGUCUUGAGAUGUGCAGAACAGAAGCCAUCAUCUCGUGUAAAAAUCAUGCCACUUUCUAUCGAUAAUGUAACAACAGCUGCAAGAGAAAUAAUCUCUACUGAAAUAGUGAAUAAUUUUGAGUCCUGUGUUGGCGAAACAUCUAAUGACAUGCCGGAGAUAGCUUCAACUGAUGGGGACAAGGCCCCAGGACAUCAGAAGAAUCGGUCCAUAACUCUUGGCUCUCUUAAAGAAUUCAACUUUGAUAAUGCCGAUGGAGAAGAUUCCCAUAAGCCUAAUACUGGUCCAGACUUGUGGGCUAAGGGAAGUGAAAGUGAUUUUGUGAAGGAGGAUGGAGUUAGCAAGAACUGGUCCUUCCCUGUGAUGCAACCGGGUGUCGGGUAGCUAGUAUUUAAUUGCAUCUCCUGGUCCCUCCCAGCGAUACCAUUGGCUGCAAACAUAGACCAUGCUGGAGCCAAUUACAGUGAAUUAUUAGGGUGGUGUGAAAGGAAUGAACCAACUCUGAAAUGAAGGCUGUUUUUUAGUCCUUGACCUGAAAACAUUGACAGUUGAUAAUAUUUUGCACUUUUUAGCUUGCUCAGGACAGGUAGACUGUAUUAUAUUUCUUUAGGUAGAAAGAGGAACUAACAGCGUAUGUUACAUAUUUUUGUUUUGUACCCAUAACUCAUAUGUAAUAUUAAAGAGGAUGAAUAGUGUCAAAGAAGAUGGAGAUUGACUUUGUAGAA